AUGAUGGAGUCGUUAGCGAUACAUCGGUGUGUAGUGUUACCGCUUGUGAUAUUGGUAAUAGUGUUUGCUGCCGGGGGACAGGAAACAUCCGAAAGCGCGAAUUCGUUUACGGAGGAUUCACUCAGCUCUGGCGAGGAAGAUUCCACCACGUGGCAGUUACCUGAGCAAGAGUAUCCGGAUCUCGAACAGGCUGGCUCAACCGCAGAAAACAACGAUCAACAGUCCGGCACAGUAACGGAGGACCUCGAUCAAACGCCGUCAACAACUGCUUCCCCCGACCGACGACUGGAGCAGGCGAACGCUCGCUUUCAGGCUAACAUUGGCCGGCUGAAGCGGAGCAACGAUCGGCUCGACAUCGUGUUUCUGAUCGAUGCCAGCUCGAGCGUCGGCCGGGCCAACUUCCACAGCGAGCUCCGGUUCGUGAAGAAGCUGCUCGCCGGCUUCGACGUGAGCGUGAACCGUACGCGCGUGGCGCUGGUCACGUUCAGCUCGCGCAAAAAGGUAAUCCGUCACGUCGAUCACAUAUCGCAGCCACUGCCCGGGAACGAUAAAUGCCUGCUGCUCAACUAUCAGCUGCCGGGCAUCGAGUACAGUGGGGGCGGCACCUACACCUACGGUGCGCUGUGGGAAGCGGAAGAGAUCUUCGCCCGGGACAGCUACCCGGAGCGAAUCAUAUUUCUCAUUACGGACGGGUACUCGAACGGCCAGAGCCCGAUACCGAUCGCAGAGCGGCUGAAACAGAACGGAGUGCAGAUCUUCUCGAUCGGCAUCGAGAGCGGUAACGAGGAGGAGUUGACCAGCAUUGCCACGUCCGCCGAGCAUCGCUAUCUGCUCGGCAGCUUCGAGCAGUUCGAGUCGCUGGUCCGGCAAGCGCUCCAUCUCGACUACCGCCAUGGUCCCUCCGUGCCGUUGGCUAACGGGUCGCUCUGCGAUCGGUUGUGUGACAGAGGGAAGGUAAGAGAGCACGGUUCGGAGUUGGUGGCCGGCUGCUGUGAUGCACACGCUGUCUGUAGUUGCCUCACCACCUCCGGCCAUUACCGUUGCAUCUGCCGGCCGGGCUUUACCGGGUCGGGACUGCGCGGAGACUGUCAUCCCUGCCCGAAUGGGACCUACUGGACGGCCGGUAGUACCUGUGAGUCGUGUCCGCACGCACGCCACAUCACACUGACGCUCGGUGCGACCUCCGAAAAGGAGUGCGUGUGUCCUCGCGGCUACCAGGAAAACGAGGAUGGCCGCUGCGUUGCCAUCACCUGUCCGGAGCUGCAGGCUCCUGAGAACGGAUACUUCGUGAUGGAGCCGAAGCCGUGCAGUCAGGUGCUGAAUGCGGCUUGCGGUACGCGUUGCCGGCCGGGGUAUGAGCUGACGGGGAGCAGCAUUCGUCUGUGUCAGGAAAAUGGCGAAUGGUCCGGCACGGAAGCAAAGUGUACGAUGAAGAAGUGUCCACCGCUAAACAUUCCGUACUACGGUAUGGCCGUAUGCAGCAAUCCGGAUCUCGACCUUCUGUAUGACUACACGCCCCGAAACAAGUCGUUUCUGCAGAACUACAGCAUGUCGGCGGAACGGUUCACCGAAGCGAUGCCCAUCGAUACCGAGUGCUCGUUUACGUGCGGUCCUGGAUUCUAUCUGAAGGGUUCACACAACCGAAACUGUCUGCCCUUGUCCAAGUGGGACGGGUUACAGACAACCUGCAAGCAGAUCCUAUGCCCAGCGCUGCCCAAGGUCGCAUUCGCCACGUACGAUCCGACGGACUGUGCCGAGUCCAAGUCGGCCUUCGGUACCAACUGCACGCUGAUAUGCGACUUUGGCUUCGAGAUGAAGGGCGGUCCCUCGACCAAGCAGUGUGGCGGCAAACGGACCGGCACGUGGAGCAAGCUGAAAACGCCCCGCUGCAUCGAUAUCGCCCCACCGUACAUCGAGUGUCCGGGCAACUACACCGUGCUGAUGGACGACGACUUCCCGCACGCGCUGGUCCGCCGGCUCCAGCAACCGUACGUGUUCGACAACAGUGGCGACAACUUUACGUACUGGUCGAAGCCGGGCAUUAAGGAGGACGGAAUUCGGCUCGCCCUUGGCGAUCACGAGUUUAGCUACAUCGCGAUGGAUGCGUUCAAGAAUAAGGCCCGCUGUAGCUUCACCGUCACAGUGAUCGAUCUAACGCCGCCCGUCUUCGAGCAGUGCCUGGAUGGCCCGGUACACUACGUAAGUGACAGUGCCAACCGGCAGGAAACGUUCGUCCGCUGGGAGGAACCGCUGGUGUACGACAAUUCCGGGCGUAACGUUACCGUCACGCAGAACGUAACCUUCGGCUAUCUGCCGGCAGGGCGCCACGCCGUACGGUAUCUGGCAGUGGACGCCUCCGGCAACGAAGCCGAGUGUGUGCUGAGGGUCGAGGUGAAGCAGUACACCUGCGAUCACAUACCGGAGCCGCGGAACGGCUACUCGAUCUGUGCGUACAACGCCUCCCACGCUUGGUGCGAGAUCGGCUGCAAGGAGGAUUACAUGUUUAGCCUGCAGCCGGAGGAAACCAUCCGGCUGGUGUGCGAUCGGGCCAACCCAACGUGGGGCGAGCAGCUGGAAGUGCCGGAAUGCAGCAAGGUGAUCGGCUCGUCCGGGGUGGAAAAGAUCAUCACCAUCCGGCUGGACGACGAGAUGGAUCCCGGACUCUGCAACGAUACGGAUGCCAUCAACGAGGUGUCGGAAGCGUUCAGCGAUGGGCUGCGACAGGAGAUGUGCGGCGACCAGGCGGACUGUACGCUGAUGACGACCCUGCCGGCCUGUCCUGCCGGCAACGGGGGUGCGGACACCGCGGAGGACACUGCGGUACGGUACAGUAUCGUAAAGCGUAGCGUUAAUGCGCAGCCGUCUACUACGCCCGAUCCGGGCCGGGCGAACGAUCGGGCAAUGGUUAAGAUAUUCGUGUACAAGCGCGUCUCCCAGGAACUUGGGCUGUGGCGUCCCGAUGGCAAGCAGUCGGAAAAUAUAAAGCGUAUAAAAGAGGAGCUCGAGAAGAUCAAUGGAAAGAAGAAGCUGCGCCGUCGGCUUGGUGCUCUGAAUUUGGACCUAAGCGUCCUAAAGCUGGACGAGAAGAUACGCUGCGCGAACGGGAGCAUUUCAAAGAAAUUGGUUUGUGUGCACUGCCCCCGGGGUACGUACCACAACUACACCACCAACAGCUGCCUGAGCUGCCCGAUUGGGUCGUACAACGAUCAAACGGGCCAGACCAGCUGCCAGCCAUGCCCGGAGCAUCAUUCCACGCGCAAACUCAAUGCCAAACACGCCCACGAAUGUAAACCCCAGUGUCCGCCGGGGACGGUGGCAAGGUUGAAGCUGUUGAAGAAAACAAAACCCAAUGGUGGAAACGUCAACGGUGCGGUGAAGUACCAUAAGACGCUGAUGCCGUUCUGUCGCCUGUGUGAGCCGGGACAGUACCAGGAGCAGUACAACCGGGCCCAGUGUCUAGCGUGCCCAUCCAACCACAGUUCGCCUCGUGGAUCGAAGUCAGCCGCCGACUGCUUCCCGAUCGGCGGCCAGCUGUGCAACGGUACGGUCGGUAACGUGUGCGGAGUUGGUGGUCGGUGUGUGGUCGACCCUAGCUCACUGCUCGGCUAUCAGUGCGUCUGUGACGAGAACUAUGUUGGGGAACACUGCGAGAUUGCGCUAAAUCCGUGCGGCUCGGCACCCUGCUACAAUGGGGGACGGUGCGUGAGCAACGGUAGUGCCGGGUUUGUCUGCCACUGUCAACCGCCUUAUACUGGCGGUCCACUGUGUGAGUUUUACGUGGAUCCGUGCCGGUCGGACCAUUGCAAGAACGGUGGCAGCUGCGUGGAGGUAGACGGUCGUCCAUUCUGCGAGUGCCCGUUGGGCUACGACGGGGAGCGGUGCGAGUGGCGCAAAGACUUCUGUACGCCCAAUCCGUGCGAGUUCGAGGGUAUGUGCGUUAACGUCGACGAGGGCUAUAGUUGUGCCUGCCCGAGCGGUAAAACCGGACGUCGGUGCCAUCUGGAACCGUGCGACUAUCUGCCCUGCCCGGCGGGCUCAAUGUGUCUGAACGGAGCAAACGAUACGGCCGCUGGGAACGAUAGGUUCACGGUGGCUCUGCAGACACAGCAGCUGCCAUCCAACUCAGGCUCGCUGGCGUACUCGUACCGGUGUGUCUGUCCAGUCGGAUUGCGGGGGACCAGCUGUGCCGAACUGGACAAUCCGUGUGAAACGUCCAGGUACUGCCGGAACGGGGCGACCUGUGAACCGGCCAAACUGCGAGUCGUCGGAGCUAGUACGGCCGAAGAUUAUGAUGACGAAAGCUACCGUAAGGUACGAUGUCACUGCCCGCCGGAGUAUCAUGGUAGCAGAUGUGAGCUGCUACUGUCGGCCGCCUUCGAGCUGGAGUUUCCUCGUACCGGGGUGCAGGCGUACGUCAAGCUGGUAGCAGACAGCAGCGAUGCGACGGAUCUGCGGGCGAUCAGCAUGUGCGGUUGGUACCGGACGGACGAUGACUUCAACUACGGCACACUGUUGUCGUAUGCAACGGCCACCGUCGACAAUGCGUUCACACUGACCGACUACAGCGGGCUGGUACUGUACGUAAACGGUGCCCACGUCGUCACGAACGUCUCGUUGAACGAUGGCGAAUGGCACUUUGUAUGCGUCAGCUGGACAAGUGCAGGUGGACGGUACGUGCUGUACGUCGACGGGGAACGGAGUGCAUACGGGUCGAGUCUAAGCGAAGGUGCACCGAUACAGUCGGGCGGUUUGUACGUGUUUGGCCAGGAACAGGAUGUACUUGGUGGCGGAUUCAGCGAGACGGAAUCGUACCGAGGUCGCAUGGCGUACGUAGACCUGUGGAAGCGCGAGCUUGAGCUGGAGGAGGUCGGUCGUCUCUACCGUACCUGCGCACCGUACAGCGGGGAUCUGGUGCGAUGGAUAGAUCUACGACUGCAGACGGUCGGACUGGUGCGCAUCGUAGCGUCGAGCUUUUGCCGCGACUGUCCGCGGAAUCAUUCGCUACCGAAUGGGUCAGUACGGUACGACGGUACGAGAGCUGUGUUCCAGUGUGACGAAGGCUACGAGCUGAUCGGACCAUCGUUUUCGGAAUGUCUGCGCACGUCCCAGUGGACUGCGGGCGUACAGUUCUGCAAGCUAACACGCUGCGGUACCAUCGGUGCUCCAUUGAACGGUCAGGUCCUACUAACGAAGACCAGCUUCGGAGGCGAGGCUCGGUUUAGCUGCGACGAUGGAUUCCUCAUUGCCGGCGCGGAGCUUCUGCAUUGCACUGCCCGCGGUACCUGGUCUGGGCCGCCGCCCGACUGCAUAAGCAUCGUCAAAUGUCCGCCGCUGGUGCUGGAAGCGCACGAUGGCCGCGCACCUGUCAUCUACGCAACCGAACGGGGCGUCAUUCAGCAGCACCUGGACAGCUACGAUGUGGGCGUGCUGGCGGAAGUACGCUGCCUGCCUGAGUACGCCCUAACCGAGGACAAUCUGCUCACCUGCCUCGAGAGCGGCCAGUGGGAUCUACCGCUGCCCGAGUGUGUGCCGAUUCCUCCCACGACCACGCCGGAACCGAGCCGGGAUACCCAACCGGCCCUCAUCAUACGCGUCAACCGUCGACCGGAUGUGCAUUUCUGGAAGCAGCUGCGCGACUACCUGUUCCAUGGCUGUACGCCACCGGCCGUACCGGGCCGGGGGCUCUCGCUGUUCUGCUACUCCGCAACCGGCACGAUCGCCGGCAACAACUGGACGGAUUUGAGCGGGUUCUCGCUGCAGCGCGAUGCGCCUCGCCUCACCAACAUCGACGUCCGGCUGCUCGGCUUUCUGAUGCGCACGGUCAAGCCGAACCUCAACCGGGUGGUACCGCAAAACCUGCUGCACUUCAUACUGUAUGGCUCGGUGGACCCGAUCGCACCGGAGAUGCGCUACCCGGGCCACAUCGAGAACGCGUACCGGUUCGUGAUCUGCCAGUUUAUCGACGUGAUCCUGAUGGACCGGGAGCUCAACUACGACGACGAGCUGGUGGUGGACAUCGGGCAGGAGGAGAACACCAACACCAAGAUCAAGCAUCUGCUCAAGAACGUGGCCCAUGCCGUGUAUCCGCAGUACCAGCGGCUGCUGGAGGAGCGGAGCGCGCGCGAAUCGGCCGCACUGAAAAAGAUUAUCGAGCUGGCGGAUAGGGUACCGGGGAGUACCUCCACGACCACGACGACGACGACAACAACUGCCGCUCCGCCGAAGCGAUGCCCGCUGAGCCAUCUGCCCAGCCCGCCGAUCGACAGCCACGUGGCGAUGGUUGCGCUGGCCACCCUGCACCGUCCUGCCGGCGAGUGGCGCCUCGAGCAGCUGCUAUCGAGCGGCCAGCUGGCCGAUCCGGGCGAUCGCAUCCAGUUCGGUUGCGAUGCGGGCUUCAGCAUGCGCGGCUCGGCCGUGACCGUGUGCGGUGCGGACGGGCGCUGGACCAUGGUGGAAGGCUUCUGCGAGGGUGCCGUAUGCGAGCAUCCACCGACCCGGGCUAACAUGCUGAUUGCGCCCGGCUCGCGGGACAAGCAGUACUACGUGGACGACGAGAUCGAGUAUCGGUGCGAGCCGGGCUACACGAUCAAGGGCCAUCCGAUCGUCAAGUGUCUGCCGAACGGCCGCUGGACCCCGAUGGUGGCGCGCUGUACACGCAUCUCCUGUGGACGACCGAAGAAUCUGCCGAUGGCCUACAUACUGGCGGGCAGCUCGUUCCUGUACGGUGACUCGCUGAAGGUUCGCUGCCGGCAGAGCAGUAUCGACAUCACCUGCCAGUCCACGGGCCAGUGGACAUCGUUCGAUCAGUGCUUCCAGACUGCUGCCGUUCCCGUAGGUCGUUAGCAUCCGGGUACAAUGCGUAAGAAGCAAACGAGAUGAUUAACUGUUACAAAAGGCUCGUAACGAACCUUGUAGAUUCUUUGAACCUACUUCAACGGGAUAUUUAAAAAUAAAUCUUUUUCCUGAUUAGACGUUUAA